AUGUACGGACAUAAAGACGAAGCUGAAAAAUGUAUAGAAAUAGCUGAAAAUGCUUUGAAGGAUGGAAAUCGUGAGAGAGCCAUUAAAUUUUUGGAAAAAGCAGAAAGAUUACAUUCUACUACAAAAGCCAAAGAAUUGCUACAAAAUUUAAAAAAUCACACUGAUGAGGAUCAUGUAAGACAAAGAAAAUCUGCUCCGAAAAAAGAAGAAUAUGGUUUUAAAACAAGUGGAAAUAAAUCAUCAUCCGAUAGUAAUGCAAAAGAACAUGUAGAUGCUAUUGAAAGGAUAAAAAAAUGUAAAGAUUAUUAUGAAGUAUUAGGUGUAUCGAAAGAUGCCACAGAUAAUGAUAUUAAAAAAGCUUAUAAAAAAUUAGCUUUACAAUUACAUCCUGAUAAAAAUAAAACUCCUGGAGCAGCUGAAGCAUUCAAAGCUGACAUACCAGUAGAAGAAUUGUUCAAUAUGUUUUUUAGAGGUGGAUUUCCAUCGAAUCAAAAUGUUUAUGUAAGAAGAAAUGGAAGAUGGCCAAGACAGGGAGAAUCGGAACAUUCAGGAAGAGAACAACCGAAUACUCCGGCAUACAUAAUACACUUUUUGCCUCUUUUAGUUUUGAUAGUAUUGUCAUUGAUGAGUUCAUUUUUUGUCAAUGAUCCUAUUUAUAGUCUACAUUCCAGUAGCAAAUUUAACAUAAGACGUGUGACGGAAGACCAUAAGAUACCUUAUUACGUCAAGGAAAAUUUUCGAAACGAAUAUCAUGGAAGUAUGAAAAAAUUAGAAUUGACUAUCGAAGAAGAUUAUUUAUUAAAUUUGAGGCAGGCUUGCAUGAAAGAAAGGAGUCAUAGAGAAAUGUUAAUACAGAGAAGUCAUUUGUUAGGUGAUAGAAAUGCAUAUGCAAGAGCCAAAGAAAAACCUAUGCCAUCAUGUGAAACGUUGGAAAAUUUACACAGAAGAUUUAGCGAAAGUUUUUAA